AUGGCAUUAGGUAUUGAACCGAACCUCACACCGGCGCAGCAUUCAUGGCUUCAUGUCAUGACAAUCAAACUUACUUCGCCGUGCCAGUUUUUUCGGCUCACGAUGGCUUCGCUGACGGAUUUGGGGAAACAUGGCAUCUCCGAGGCCUCCUCGGUGCCCUCCGUGCCCGAGUCCGCCAUCUCUCAGGCCUCCAAGGUGCAAAUGAAUCGUGCCCGAAGUCUUACCGGAAAACAGGCCCGGCAGUCCGUGCAAGUGACUGGGAACUUCAUCCGGCAGAUUUCACCCAGUGAAGAAGCAGCGAAUAAAGAUGCGUCCCCAAAGGAGAGGCUCCAAAACAUCAUGAAGAGCUACUGGUUGACAAAUUUCAUGGCAGUUGUGGUUCUCUUUGAUGCCUACUGCACCUGUGUGGCCAUUGAUCACAGGGCUGCUCAGUUGAGCACACCAGACUUCUACAAGGUCAGCUCCGACGCGUGCUUGGUCCUCUACACAGUAGAGUUGAUCUUGAUGCUUUACAACAGUGGAGGGUUUGCCUCAGUGAAGGAUUGGAUGACGAUGAUGGAUGCCGUGAUCGUGAUUUGUGGCUGGUUGGAGUUCAUUUUCGACGCCUUAAACAUCUCUGAGUUUGAGAUCGGCUUCCGCAUCAAGGUCACCCGAGUGCUCCGCCUGGUGCGAAUCUUCCGACUCAUCCGCCUACUCAAACGGAUCCGGACCUUGAAGGAACUGCACAAGUUGGCCACGAUGAUGGCCACGUGUAUGCGAACCUUGCUAUGGUGUUUUCUACUUUGCUUCUUCAUCAUGACUGCUUGGGCAAUGCUGAUGGUAGAGGUAGUGAACCCAAUAGUUCAAGACAUGGAGCAAGCCUCCAGUGAAGUCUUUGCCGGCUGUGAAUUUUGCGUCGGAGCAACCUCAACUGUGAUGGACGCGAACCUGCUACUGUUCAAGACGGUUAUUGCAGGUGAUAGCUGGGGUGAGCUGGCCGUGCCCGUCAUUCAGAAGCACCCUGCAACGGCAAUCAUUUUUGUAGGUUCUCAGCUUACUCUGGUGUUUGGCGUGGUAAAUCUCAUUGUCGCUGUUGUAGUUGACACUUUCGCAGAGGCUCGAGAAAAUGAUGUGCAGAACCUGGCUGAAGAGAUGGAAGCAGAGAUCCAACAGGACAGCAAGCUCUUGAGCAAGAUCUUUCAAAGGAUCGAUAAAGGGGGCACGGGAGAGCUUUCGCUGGAAGACCUCAUUGAAGGGGCGCUGUUUUCAUUUCCACCUGAACGGCCAAGGAAUGAUUUGCAACAGCUCUUUCAGAUGAUUGAUGUUGAUCAAUCAGGUACAAUAGAGGUGUCUGAAUUCAUUGGCCCACUUAGUCGCUGGGCACAUGACUCCAAGACGGCACCUCGUUUCAUCAAGUACAACAUGCUGCAGACUAUGCAUUUGCAGGAAGACCUUUACGAUCUCUCAGUGGACUGUUUCAACCAGCUUGCUUCCAGGAUUGAUGACUUGUCCUUUGACAUGCAGCUCUAUAAGAAGGGUUCGGCGCUGGCCUCUGACGAAGACUUCCCGCAACAUGCCGAUUUACAAACAGAUGAGGGACAAACCAUAGCAGAUAAGGAGGGUCAGGAUUUGCAGGAAACCAAAAAACAUGAGGAGUUGGCUCCGGUAGAUGAAGCUGGAUCCAUGUCAGGGAGUUCUUCCGCUUCAGGCAGUGUGGCUUCUGCAGAUCCAAACUUUACGGGGAUCAUUGACAUCGAUCAGCCAAGGGCCACUAAAGAUGCGCAGAUGCUGGUGCCGAAGACUAACAUGACUAGCGGAGUGGCAUCGGUGGAGCUGAUUGAUGUGGCCAUGGAGAAACUGGAAGCCAAAAUGGAUCAGUUCCUCAAGCAGAUGGCACUGGCAGAUUUGGAGGCUUUGAGCUCCUUCGGUGGGCUUUUGCUGUCGAAACGCUUGGAAGAGAUCAUUUCCGUUGAGUCCCGCUGCAUUUUGGUCAACGGACAGGUUGCGGCUGAUCAAGCACUUCCAGUGGUCGCUGAGAUUCUGAGCUCUCUUCUUCACCUCCGACAGCGCGUGUCAGACACUGCUGGCACGGCAUGCCUCGAUGCUGUGAGUGUGGGCUACAACAUACUGCCGAACAUGUUGGAAUGCAUCAUGGUCGGUGUCACUCAGUGUUGGCAGUGUGACUGGAAAGCUUUGAGCCCUCAAUUGCAGCCGAUCCGUGACCUUGUCUUGAGGCGGCCAAUGCUGGAUCAGGCUGCCUUUUGCUUGCUUCGCUUAGUUUGGCAACGGGCGCCCUCCUUGCUGCUGGACGAUCGGCCAGCUGAUGUAACACCUCAGUGUGCCUACGCCUUGGCGUCGCUUUCGCAAGAGAUUCAUGAUGCCUUGGUGUCACACCGCUUGGCCUGUGCACACAAUGCUGAGCUUAUUCUAAUGACAGACCUCCGCCGAGUAGUUUUGGACUUUCUGGGCCAAGUGGGAAAUCGGCAAGCCCAGUCCGAGAAACCCCGUGCAGCGCCGGCCCCAGCAACGCCUCCGCGCAAGAAGAAGAGAGAGCUGGAAGAGAUGGAGUCUGAACCACGACCGAGCCGAUCAAAGAUCUCCCAUGAACCCAAUAUGGCAAAGGACACGGCUUCACCUGCCAGCAUCCCUAACACGCCUGAGCAAGGCUUCGAGCUCAAAGAGAGAACCUUGGAGGAAGCAACAGAGCAAGUGUGGAAAGUCAAGCCAGUCGAUGCAGUUGAUACAUUGGUGGAUAUGCUUGUGAAAGACUACGGUUCUUUGGAACUUGCAACAUCUCUUGCAGAUCGCGCUGAGAGAGCCAUUGACACGAUGGCGUGGGCCGUCUCCAAGUCCUUGACGCCGGAGGCUAGUGAAGCCAAGGAGGCGGUUGAGGCAAUGCAAGAGGUCGCUGACUUUAUGAAGUAUUUGCAGAUGCUCCUGGAGAUGGACUGCCAGUGCCAGUCGGCCGUUGCUUGGCAGAUGCCUCGCUUUGUGAAGCGCCUCACGGACAGCGGGCCAUGGGAAAGUUCCUGGAGGCAUGGCCUCUCUAAGGUGCUUGAAUUGGUGAUCCACCCGACCAUGGCCCAGCAUUCAGCCACGGCCCUUUGGGCACAGGUGGUUGGUGAUUGCUCCAGAAAGUCAUGCCCCAAGCGGAUGAUGGCGGUGGGAGCUUUGGCCAGGGAGCUAGACUUGAUUCUGGGAGACUCAGACCAGGACACAACCAAGUUGCAGGCCUGCAUGCAACAGCUCUGCAAAUCCGCCAAUGACUGCCUGAAACAUGCUGGAAGUGAUGACGAGGAAGCAAAGCCUUCAGGCAGUCAUGCCAGGUGUGAUAGCGAGAGCGAGGAGAUUCCAAGCGAGGACACCUUAUCGCCAUUGUCAGAAGAAGAUGAGGAUUUUGGCGAUUGGGAGGACACACGGCCAGAGUCAAAUACUCUUGGCUUUCUGAAAAUGGAUGGGCAGAAAUUCUAUUGCGCUUCCGACACGUGCCCCACAGAAUUUCAGCGUCACAUAUCGAACCUGAAGAACGAUUGGAAGGAACGCCUGCAGAAGCUGUUUGACACGCUGCCAGAUGAUGAGGCCUUGCCCACGGAUGCCGAAAAGAAGAUGGUCGCUGAAGAGGAUAUGCCGAAAGGAAGCUCAUGGAGGAGUUGA